AUGGCCCUUCAGUCAUGGAUUCUGACUUACUUGUGCCUGCUCUCCUCCGGAACUGGUGAGUUCUUCUUCAGAGCAAAUUAUUCCAGAAGCUAUCCCUGUGAUGAGAAAAGGAAAAAUGCCCUUGUGAUUGCAGAAUGCAAUGAUCGCCGACUACAAGAAGUUCCCCAAACUAUAGGCCAGUAUGUGACAGAAAUAAACUUGUCUGACAAUUCCAUCAUGCAUGUAACAAACGAGUCCUUUCGAGAGCUGCGAAACCUCACUAAAAUAAAUCUGAACCACAAUGCCAAUCAAGCACACCCAAAUGAAAAUAAAAAUGGUAUGAAUAUUACAGAUGGAGCAUUCCUCAACCUAAAAAAUCUGAAGGUGUUACUGCUUGAAGACAACCAAUUGUGUGCUAUGCCUACUGGCUUGCCUGAGUCUUUGCGAGAACUUAGCCUAAUUCAAAACAAUAUAAUUACGAUAACUAAAAACAACACUCUGGGGCUUCGGAACAUGGAGAGACUCUAUUUGGGCUGGAACUGCUAUUUUUAUUGUAAUCAAAACUUUAGCGUGGAAGAUGGGGCAUUUCAAAACCUUAUGAACUUGAAGGUGCUCUCCUUAUCUUUCAACAGGCUUUUCCACGUGCCUCCCAAACUACCAAGCUCCCUAACAAAACUUUUUCUGAGCAAUGCCAAGAUUAUGACUAUCACGCAGGAAGACUUCAAGGGACUGGAACACUUAACAUUACUAGAUCUGAGUGGCAACUGUCCGAGGUGUUACAAUGCCCCAUUUCAAUGCACGCCUUGUGAGAAAAACUUGUCCCUCACCAUACAUCGCCUUGCUUUUCAAGGUCUCACCAAACUUCAAUAUCUAAACCUCUCCAGCACUUCUCUCCAGUCCAUUACUUCCACGUGGUUUGACAAUCUGACAAAUCUGAAGGAACUCCAUCUUGAAUUCAACUAUUUACUACAAGAAAUUGCUUCAGGGGAAUUCUUAACGAAACUGCCCAAUUUACAAAUCCUUGAUCUAUCUUUCAACUUUCAACAAAGCAAAUAUUUACCAUCUAUUAAUAUUUCCUCGAACUUCUCUAAGCUUCAUUCUCUCAAGAAAUUGCACUUAAAGGGCUAUGUAUUUUACAAACUUGAACAGAAAAAUUUUGCACCCCUUCAGAGUCUUCGAAACUUAACAACUAUCGACUUGGGCAUUAACUUUAUUACGAAAAUUGAUUUUAAAAUUUUCCAAGAUUUUCCCAAUCUGAAAGUUAUUUCCUUGUCAGAGAACCGUAUAACACCCAUAGUAGAUCACACAAACAACUCCUCUUUGCCAUACCAUCUCCUUAAAUCUGGCUCAACGAUCACCAAGUUUGAUCCCCACGCGAAUUUUUAUCACAGCACCAAACCUUUAAUAAAGCCACAGUGUGCUGCUUAUGGCAAAGCCUUGGAUUUAAGUUUAAACAAUAUUUUCCUUAUUGAGAAAAAUCAAUUUGAACCUUUUCAGGACAUUGCCUGCUUAAAUCUGUCCUUCAAUGCUAACAAUCAAGUGUUGAGUGGCACAGAAUUCUCAGCCAUGCCCCAGCUCAAAUAUUUGGAUUUAUCUCACAACAGACUAGACUUUGAUGACAACAAUGCUUUCAGUGAACUUCGCUACCUGGAAGUGCUCGACCUGAGUCACAAUGAACACUAUUUCAGUAUAGCAGGGGUAACACACCGCCUAGGAUUUAUCCAGAACCUAAUGAACCUCAGUGUGUUAAACCUGAGCUACAAUGGCAUUUACACACUCACAGAGGACAAAGAGCUGAAAAGCAUGUCUCUGAAAGAAUUGGUUUUCAGCGGAAACCGCCUUGACCUUUUGUGGAAUACAGAUGACGUCAGCUACUGGACCAUUUUCAGAAGUCUCUGGAGUCUGACACACCUAGACUUAUCUUACAAUAACCUUCAACAAAUCCCCAAUGAAGCAUUCCUCAGCUUGCCCCAGAGCCUCGAAGAGCUGCGUUUCAAUGGGAACAGGUUACGUUUUUUUAAUUGGACCUCCCUCCAGUAUUUUCCUCGGCUCCAUUUACUGGACUUACGGAGAAACAAGCUGUAUUUUCUAACCAAUUGCCUAUCUAAGUUUACAUAUUCCCUGAAGACAUUGCUGCUUGGCCAUAAUGAAUUCUCUCACCUGCCUCCUGGCUUCCUCUCUGAAGCCAGUAGUCUGUUCCACCUGGAUCUAAGUUUCAACAUGAUAAAGAUGAUCAAUAAGUCCUCCCUGCAAACCAAAACUAAAACAAAUUUGUCUGUUCUGGAACUGAGUGGGAACCAUUUUGACUGCACAUGCGAUUCAAGUGAUUUUCGAAGCUGGCUAGAUGAAAACACGCACAUUACAGUUCCUAGAUUAGUAGAUGUUAUUUGCACCAGUCCUGGGGAUCAAAAGGGGAAGAGCAUCAUGAGUCUAGAGCUCAUGACGUGUCUUUCAGAUACCACUGCAGUGAUCCUGUUUUCCCUCACAUUCCUCAUCACUGCCACGGUUAUGUUGGCCACCCUGGGUCACCAUCUGUUUUACUGGGAUAUUUGGUUUAUCUAUCACAUGUGUUCAGCUAAGUUAAGAGGCUACAGGUCCUUGGCCACAACCCGAACUUUCUACGAUGCUUACAUUUCUUACGACACCAAAGAUGUGUCUGUUACCGACUGGGUCAUCAAUGAACUGCGCUACCACCUUGAAGAGAGUGAAGGCAAAAACGUCCUCCUUUGCUUAGAGGAAAGGGAUUGGGAUCCAGGAUUAGCCAUUAUCGAUAACCUCGUGCAAAGCAUAAACCAGAGCAAGAAGACAAUCUUUGUGUUAACCAAAAAAUAUGCCAAGAGCUGGAACUUUAAAACAGCUUUUUACUUGGCCUUACAGAGGCUAAUGGAUGAGAACAUGGACGUGAUUAUCUUCAUCCUCCUGGAACCCGUGUUGCAGUAUUCCCAGUACCUUAGGCUGCGGCGGAGAAUCUGUAAGAGUUCCAUCCUCCAGUGGCCUGACAACCCCAAAGCAGAAAACUUGUUUUGGCAAAGUCUGAAAAACGUGGUCUUGACUGAAAAUGAUUCACGGUAUGACAAUUUCUACACUGAAUCCAUUAAACAAUAUUGA